CGCUUGUUCGGCUGUCUUUGCUACUGCUUUUUACUCAUACUCCGAAGGAGCCUUACUCGAACGGCAAGAACGGUGUUCAGUUCAAACAACUGCAAGAUAAUUUGUGGACAACUUCAGUUCAGCAUGGAGCUUUCGGUCAGUUGCAAGCCCAAAUAAAGCACCGCUGAUCUAAUCAGGAAUAAUUUGGCUCAUAUCAACGGCGCUAAAAGAAUGCUAUGCAAGAUCCACGAAAAUGCGAUCACUUCCCUUCACCAUCAGGUGGACUGACUCUGAAAAUGAAUAAAAAAGAUCAGAUUUAUCACCAAAAGAAAAUAAUAGAAUUUG